AUGCCACUUUCAGGAGUGCAUCACCCUAGAGAAAGCGACUAUGAGGAAGAGGAGGCAGAGGAUGCUGACGAACACAGCAAGAAUCUACUCCACAAGAAAGAGUACAAGCAGACUAAAUCACCACGUAAUACUUGGCCCAAGACUGCUGCUGAUGAGGAUGAUGGUCACUAUGAAAAUAAUUUAAUUAUGGAUGAGCGUGAGGAGGAGGAGGUGGAUGAAGACUUGGACUAUGUGCCCGAAUCAGACGACAGAGGAGAGGACAUUAAACGCCUGCAGAAAGAAGCAAAUGCAUUCAUCAGGAGGAAGAAGUGA